UCCCUCACUUUCAGAACAAGAAAAGGAAAAAAAAAGAAAAAAGAAAAGAAAAAAAAGAUCAUCAUUCAUCAGUGCUAGCUAGCUAGAGAGGCUUCUUCAACACACUUUCUCUACCCAAAAGUAUUGAUUCUUGAACACCCUUUUGUUCAACAAAGCAUUGAUCUUUGCAGCUUUCUACACAAAUGGUGAAGACAGAGCUCAACAAGAUCCUGCAUCUAGACACAUCAAAACCAAUGCCAUCAACAUCGGCAAGCAAAAAAAAGAAGUACAAGGGAGUGAGAAUGAGGAGUUGGGGUUCAUGGGUAUCUGAGAUAAGAGCACCAAAUCAAAAAACAAGAAUAUGGUUAGGCUCUUAUUCCACACCAGAGGCUGCAGCCAGAGCCUAUGAUGCUGCACUUCUAUGCCUGAAGGGGUCUUCAGCCAAUCUCAACUUUCCUAUCACUUCUACUUCCUCUCAUCACAUUCCUCAUUGUGAUACCAUUAUGUCACCAAAGUCUAUCCAAAGAGUUGCUGCAGCUGCUGCUAAUAGUACUCUCAUUGACACUACUACUACUUCUACAACCCCACAAUCACCUCCUACUCUCUCUUCCUCAUCAACUGUGUCAUCUCCAUCUAUGUCCUCCUCACCAUGUGAUCAACUUGAUGAUGAUGUUUCACAUUCACUAAUGCCAUCCUAUGAGGUCACUUAUGAGCCAAUGGCCAUGAUGGAAUCAUGGUACAACUUUGAUAGCCUGCAAUCACCAAAAUUCAUUGAUCAAAUGCUUAAUGGUGCCUUGUUUGAUCCACCAGCUGUGGUGGAUGAUCUGUAUGAAGAAAGUGAUAUUCCUCUGUGGAGCUUCUGCUGAAAGAAAGAUCAAUCUUUUUCGCAUUCAUAUUCGUUCAUGAUCUUCGAUUAUUGCUUGAAGACAUUACUGACAGUGACCAAAAAUUCAUUUAUUAAUUAGUGUAUUUUAAUUAGGACAAGAGAAAUUCACAUGGAGAUGAGACAUUUUUUGGACUCUCCCUUGUGGUUUUCUAUAUAUUAAGAGGUUGUAUGAUUCAAUGCCAAGUGUGUUAUAUCAAAUAUUAUUUAUAGUUUCUUCACAAAAAAAAAAAGAAGUUUAUUUGUAGUUUAUAUUGUAAUGAAAUAAUAAGAGGGGGAAAUUUUUCA